AUGUUCUGUGGAGUUAGACAUCUGGUGAAGAUCCAGAAGUCCUUCAGUGAAGUGCACAGAGUCAGGCAGCUGGUUAAACUCGGAGAAUCAGUUUGCAAAGUGGUUGUUGAAGGAUUUGGUGAGGGAACGGGUUUUGUGCUGUUUGACAACUUCAUCCUGACUAACGCACACCUUUUCAAAGAUUGUGUGGAAGAAGGAAGGCUGAAGAGCGAGACAAAGGUGUAUGCUCUAUUUAACUAUGAGGAUCCUGAGCCGCACAUGAAGUACAUCUGCUAUCCAGUGAGUAAAGUUGUGUCGCUACGACCGGAUAAGCUUGACUAUGCCAUUGAGAUCGAUCCUGAGGGCCUGAUAUCCUUUAAGGGCCCAACGCCAACUCAGCAGAUCAAGGUGCCACCAGGGCUCCUGAAGGUCUUUGGUCCAAUGCCGUCAGACGGGGAAGCCUGUAUUGUUGGUCACCCGGCAGGAAGUGUGAAACAAAUGGAUCCAACAUGUAUCAUUGAGAAAGAGCAGCGGCAGCCGGCUGUCAAUGAUCAACUAUCUCCAUACACAGACACUCUUUUCACUCUUAUGUCAAUCACUCGCGUUUUAGGAGAUCAAGGCAUCAACAACGUAAUGAUGGACGGAAAGCUAGCGGACAAAGUGGUGACGUACAACACGUUCAUGUACCACGGAGCUUCUGGCUCUCCGGUGUUUGACGCUCGUUGUCGAGUGUUUGGUUUGCACACCGCAGGAUUUCUCUUUGGGUUCCCAAAAGACACAAAGAGUGUGUUAGAGUUCGCCCAACCUCUGCUGACCAUAUUUAAAGACUUUGUGAGGUGGCUGAAGGAACAAAGAGAUGACGAUUUGUUGCAGAGAGUUAAGGAGGCAGCAGAGGGAAACUCAUACUUACAGGAAGUACUCAACGCAACAGACACAGAAAGCCCGACUUUCAAAGACGAGCCAAUUGAAUAGGCGAUUUCCCCCGGUAGAGGCCCGUUUGAGUCUGUUUCCUGUCAUGUGAUGAGCACUCGAUUUUAGCCUGAAAUUUCUGGUGGGGCGAUUUUGUAUGACGUCAUGUUUUUCUUCUUCUUCUUAGUCACGGGGUACAGGUCUCGCGGUUUUUCCAUUAUUCCAGUCUAGUUGCCAGGCAGAUUUCGUGGGGCGGAUCUGAACGUUAACUUUGGCCUGUGUGUUGCGCUCAUUGGUGUUUCCAUGGUAACGGAGGGACAGCAGAGAGCAGCGUUUAACCAGCAAGAGUCGUGUUACUCCAAAACAAGACGAUAACGCUCGUGAGUCGAGUUCAUUCACGCAUAUUCACGCUACGUUGCAUUAAAAAAAAUAUAUAUAUAUAUUUUGCCGCGAAGUACGAAUGUUUUGAUCUGUCUGCACAACAUCCGGUGGCUCUGGUGGGGCAGUGCCCCCCCCGGCCCCGAGUCGCUGUAACCAUGGUAACAUUAAAGCAUGGUGGGAGGAGCAACUCGCUGCUUUAGUUCCUUUCACAGAACGACUGUAUUUCAGCCGACUGCUGUUGUUUUCAUGUGGUUUGGUUGUUUGUGUUGGUUAGAAUUAGAUUGUUCUCAUAUUCUGUGUUCCCCAUGUGACCUUUAAAAGGAAACUUAAGGCAGCAAUAAUUGGAAAGGAAAUUAUAGUAGAUUAGUAGGGAUGCACCGAUCUGAUCGGCGCCGAUCCAUAUCGGCCGAUAUUGCCAUUAUCGGUUUUGAUCGGCGUUCUCAAAACGGCCGAUCAAACCGAUCGAUCAGAUGACGUAACAUCUGCGAGAACUAUCA